AUGGUGAACAUCGACACUCAGAGCGGCACCGUCGCUUUUAUUAUUGCGGUAUUCAUCAGCAUCGCGCUGUACAAUGUUCUGGAGCUCAACUUCAUCAUCCUCGCUACGUUCAAUAAACGCAGUGGUCUCUACUUUUGGAGCUUCGUCGUAGCAACAUGGGGCAUCGCAUUCAACGCAGUCGGCUACCUCCUCAGGCACUUUGGCAAGAACGUGCAGCCCAAUGUGUACGCGACACUGAUCCUUAUCGGUUGGUGCACCAUGAUCACCGGUCAGUCGGUUGUGCUGUACUCACGUCUGCACAUUGUCAUGCUUAACCAGACUCGACUGCGUCUUGUGCUGAUCAUGAUCAUCACAAAUGCUGUCUGGUUGCAUUUACCCAUCAUUGUGCUCGUCUAUGGCUCCAACUCGGCCAACCCUGGACCCUUCGUUCAUCCGUACUCAGUGUACGAGAAGAUCCAGCUCAGUGUCUUCUUUCUACAAGAAAUCAUCAUCUCGGCACUGUACAUUUGGGAAACCACGAAACGUCUCAGGCUAGAGAAGAGCAUCGGUAACAUGGGAACGCGAAAGGUCAUGAACCAUCUAAUUUACGUCAACCUUCUUGUGGUUUUUCUCGACGUCUCUAUUCUCGCCCUCGAGUUUGCGAACCUUUUCGAUAUCCAAACAGCCUGGAAGCCGCUUGUCUACAGCGCCAAGCUCAAGCUCGAAUUUAGUAUCCUCAAUCGCCUCGUCCAGCUUACACGGAAUUCGAGAAACGGAAGCUCCUAUACACGCAGUCGGAAUGCGACAAACGGUGUCGCCCUUGAAACGUUCAAUGGCGAGAGAAAUAAGCAGCUGGGCGAUGAGGGAGAUGCAGCGGCUGAAUACGAAGUUCAUGUUGGACGGGGCAAGAAUGGGGAGCCCAGCUUUGGACAAGACUCCAACGUUAUCAAGACGACGGAGAUUACAGUUCAUAGCCACCGACGGCGGAGAAACAGUGACAUGGAUAUGGAAAGUCUGGAUGGCAGGUCCGGAGCGACUGGUGAUACAGGUCCAGCACAGACGCGUGACCCAGUUCGAGGCAGUGCCUCAUCCGCAUCAUCGGAGGUACAGUUUGCGAAGUUUGGAAACUGA